AUGGUGCUAGAGGAUCCCGAACAGCCUGGUGGAAAGAAUGGAAUCCCGGCUGUGGCACUGGCAGUUACACAGUCCAAGACCGCUAGACCCACGGUGGUCCGCAAGAAGUUCGCCAAACCUCCCGUCAAAGUAGCUUGUUUGGCCUGUCGUGCUUCAAGAACACGUUGUGAUGGCCAAGACCCGUGUACCAAUUGUUCCAGUAGGAAUAAGAGUUGCUCUUAUUUGCCCAGUAAGCGGGGUGGCCCAAGGAAGAAGAAGAACAAGCCAUCUGCAGCUGCAGAACCUCAACACGAUGGUGUCGAGGAUCCUACGAUUUUCCCGGUGUCUUCGGGAUUUGACGAAUCAUCCGGGUUGUUUGGACAAAUUGACGUCUUGUCAAUUCCGGGGGCAGGGUUGAGAAGCCUAGACUUUCCCUCUGAUGUCCACGCCAUGUUUGCGGAUCUUUUUGUGCCAGGCACAGAGAACACCCAUGGCCUAGAGCCGACCCCUUCCCCAUCAAAUAUACCGUCUCGGGCCUUGGUCAGGACGUACGGCAGUGAAGAUGCUAUUCUUAACGCAUACUAUGACUUUAUCCAUAAUUACUUCCCCAUACUUCCACCAAGGGUUGACCCCCCGACUCCUGACCGGCCCCUGGAUUGUGCUGGUUCGUUCACGGAUUCUCCGUCAGAACAACCAAUCCUCAUCUAUAAACCGAGGUCCCCUUUGAGUCUGGCGAUUUCGGCGAUUCUGGCCCUGGUACCACAUCCAAACGACCCAGAACCAUCGGGGCCUGCGUCCGUCAUCCGCCGUCGCACUUUUGCACACACAUAUGCCCAGCUGGCAAAUACAGCUAUCGAAACCGAUUGCGAGCUUCACGCUUCGUCCACAUACCCUUCAGAUGCAUUGACGAACGAACGGCCUCUCAUUGAUCGAGAGUCCUUUCAUCCCAAGACUCCAGUGGAACUCGAAAGUCUGCUCGCGCUUCUCGUACUUUCAAUCUACGAAUACAACCAACGAGGUAACCUCCUCAAGAUGCGUUACCGUGCUGGUCAGGCUCUGGCCAUAGCGUUGGAUAUGUCUUUGCAUUGCCUUGGGGAAGAGUUCGACGAGUUUGCGGAGGCUCGAAGGAGAGCUUGGUGGAUGACUUAUUAUUGCGUCUUGCAGGGCUCUAUCGUCAGCACUACACCUUUAGCUAUCAUCGCGAACGACCCCCAAUUUGUCACUCCUUAUCCACGGUUUUCGGCCGAUCCUGAUGGCUGGUCAGUAUUAAUACAAGCUCAGCAAGUUCUUGUGUCAGCAACUCAAUUCAUCAUCGAUCUGAAUAAAUGUCUAUCCACGAGAACCAACAUGUCAUACAUAUUUGAACGGAUGCAGCAACUUGAUGCAUGGGCGAGCUCUGUUCUGGCACAAUCAAAUCUACUUCCAAUUUUGCCCCAGUCUAUGGCAUGUGGCGGGGAGAUGGAGCUGACAACAGCUCAGAGUAUCCGUGCAAUAUCACGAAUCAAGUUGUCAAGCGCUCAAAUCAAAGUGCAUCGGUUCAGGGCAUUCUCAGACUUACCAAUCUUCGUCAAGAAACACUGCGAUCUGACAUCGGCUAAUUCGAACAACACAAUGCCGAACAAUGCUUCCAAGAAUUCCAAAUCGCAAAGUGGUAUUGCAAAUAUCGGAUGUUCGUGUAGCCUGGAGCCAUUUCAACAGGCACCCAGUGACUACUCAUCGUCGUCGUCUUCUGUGGCGUCAGAUACGCAGCAGUACCCUUUCAUUCAAGGUUUUCCAUACAGCAUUCAGCAUUCGGCGAAGACGUGUCUAAGAGCAUCCCUUCUCAUCUCACGCAUGUUCUACAGCCUACCCCUGCCGCAACCGCUUCUCGAUGAUUGUCAAACUCAGCAGGGGUUACACAUGCUACCGGAUCAGUUACCGCGAACCAUGCCGUCGUUUGCGUGCUGCCUAAUGCAGGGCAGCUAUGCUAUGCUGAUGAUCUAUUACAAAGCGCGCGGGGAGAAAAGGUCCCCAGAAAGUGGAACCGACAAUACCCCCAACCCCUCGGACAGACUCAUCGAAGAAAUCCGCAAGGGGCUAGAGCGAAUAAUUGCUACUGUUACAAAUUACGCUAUUGCAUUUGAGGCGUUAGAUGGGAUGAGGGAUGAGAUUGAGUGUGCAUAUCAAACGGCGUUUUCUCAAGCGUAG